AUGAAUACAAAUAUAAUACUUCGAUGUCUUGUACAAAAUUUAACUGAAGAUGCUAUAUUAACACGAUGGAAUGUCAUUUUAUCAUUAAUUAAUGGAACACGAGAUGAAACGUUUAUCCUAACUCUUCUUCGAAUUUUAACUAAUACUCAACAAUUACGUGAUCAAAUCGAUAUGACAUUAGUUUCUCUUGUAUUCGAUUAUCUUCAUGUACUUAUGCAUAUUAUGGAAAAUGAUGAAAAUGGUCUUGUUUUAGUUUUAUUAAUUGAACAAUUUAUUCAAUUAUCAUAUAUAUCUGUAUUACAUUUAGCUGAAUUAAUCGUUUAUGAUCGUAUUGAAAUCAUGUUAAUACUUGACCAACAAACAUUAAAUAAACAAUUAUUAUCUAAAUAUUUACCAUUAGCUUUACAAAUAUUAUCAAUAAUAAAAUCAAUCGAUAUUAUUAAAGAAGAUUUUAAUAAUCUUAAUUGUUCUAUGGAUAUAACACAAAAAAUUGAUGGACAAAUGCCUAAAAAUGUAACUUGUAAAAAAUGA